CGAGCGCCCCCCGCUGGUGGUCAACAGCUGGUGAGAGUGCAUGUGUCGCGGCCGUGGGGCUGCGUGUUUUACGGCCAUCAAACCGUGUCGUUAGCCGCUGGAUUCACCCAGGAAUUAACUCUCUGCAACUAGACGAACAAUACUAACCAACGAUGGCUGAUUUACCUCAAAACCCUGCCGACAGAGACAGGUUUAUCUGCAUCUAUCCGAUCUACAUCAACAGUAAGAAGACGCUGGCUGAAGGACGAAGGAUCCCUUCAGAGAAGGCGGUGGAGAACCCGUCCUGUGCUGAGAUCAGAGACGUGCUGAUGGCGGCGGGGAUGAACGUCUACGUGGAGAACAAAAUCCACCCCAGAGAGUGGAACCGGGACUUCAGAGGACGGGUCCGAGUCCAGAUGAAGCAGGCGGACGGCAGCCUCUGUCAGGACAAAUUCCCCUCCCGUAAACAAGUGAUGUUCUAUGUGGCGGAGAUGAUCCCUAAACUAAAGACUCGGACCCAGAAGAGCGGCGGAGGAGACACGAGCUCUCAGCAGGGAGAGGGAGGGAAGAAGAGCAAGAAAAAGAAGAAAUAGACUCGUAGAAAUGACCUGUUUUUCUUUUUUAAAUUAAUUUUAAAUGCGAGGUCAGUCGGGCAGAAACGAACCCUGAAACUACGGCGAGGUUUUGUGGGUUUCUGCCUUCGUUUUCCUUUUUUUAGAGUUGUGUUCAUCGUCACCUCGGACUCUCGUUCAGAAUGAAAAUCUUUUUCCUGGUUAAUUCUUUAGGUUGUCUCAGUGAGCUGGGACGGUGUCCCAGAGGAUGUCUGUCCUCCACUCUGGUCACCUCGUUGUGUCUCUUUGAAGACGACGUGAAUAAAGAUUCAUUUUCUCAGA